UACCUGCGCGAGUCUGGGCGGGAACUGCGGCGCGGCGGGCCGAGUAAGGCACCGUGUAGCGGUCGACAUGUUCCAGGGCCCGGAGAGCGAGAGUGUCCGUGCGGGCUCCAGGACCAUGAAGCCCCCAGGGGGAGAAUCAAGCAAUCUUUUUGGAAGUCCAGAAGAAGCUGUUCCUUCAACCAGGCCUAAUAGGAUGGCAUCUAAUAUUUUUGGACCAACUGAAGAACCUCAGAACAUACCCAAGAGGACAAACCCCCCAGGGGGGAAAGGAAGUGGGAUCUUUGAGGAAUCGACUCCUGUGCAGACUCGACAACAUCUGAACCCCCCUGGUGGGAAGACCAGUGACAUUUUUGGUUCCCCAAUCACUGCCUCUUCACGCUUGGCACACCCAAACAAACCCAAGGAUCACAUUUUCUUAUGUGAAGGAGAAGAACCAAAAUCAGAUCAUAAAGCUGCAACAAGCAUCCCACCUGGAGAAGAGGCGGGUGAGAGAGGCAGCACCAGAGAAGUGGACCACGCCGGGGAGCACGAGCCCAGGCCCAAGAUUGACAGCCAUGAGCCAAGGCUGGGUCCUCGGCCUCGCUCACACAACAAAGUCCUAAACCCACCUGGAGGCAAAUCCAGCAUUUCCUUCUACUAAAAGAACUACUGCCUUAUCACAGCCUGACAAGAAAAUCAAGAGUUGGGGUAUUCAAUGCUGUCAUUUCCUUUAGCCCAAACGAGCUGGGGUGGGAAGAGGGUUUGUUGUGCGUGUGAAGCUGGGUGCUCAGAGUCUCCAUUGAUGAUAUCAUGAGAGCUGCUUAGAGAACCAUGCCUUCCAGACUGAGAAAGACACAUCUUUACGGGGAUAAAUGAUAUCCCCUGGUUUUCACUCAUUUGUAGUUUCAGACAGGAGAUGAGCUCUAGGGCAGGGAGAUGUUUCAGGGCCGUGUGAGGCUUGGUGAAGCCUUCCUGUCCUUCUAUCAGCAGUGUGCCAGCUGACGGGACAUCUAGAAAUGACUGAAAGAACCAAACAGCCUGCCCUUUGCUUGGGGUGGAGGGGAGCAAAGCAUAUACAGAGACACUGGCAAGGCAUGAGGUGGGUCUCCAGAUGCAACCUCUGUAGAUGCUAAUGCUGGUUAACUGUCACCAAAAUGCUCCCUGACUCUGAGAUUCCUGCUGCUGAACCCUAUCUUCUCCAGUCCAUACCCAGUGUGGAUUUUAUA